CGAUAACCAACCAAUAUUGAGCUGUUUUUUAGAAAAGUUAAAGUGCUACCUUGAAUAAACAAAGUGUAAUGAAAUACAUACGUGCAAGUAUCAUUAAUAAAUGCAUUAAUAAAAGAAACUCCCUAGACUGACAACGUUCAUUUGAAAUGUAAAAUGCUACGCAUAUAGUUCUUACUAUCAUGAUUUCCACUUUUGAUUUUAAUACAUUUAUCGUGAUGCGGGGUUUUUAUUUUAUACCUUUUUGUGCAUUUGGUGCACAACCGUACCCUAGAGUGAAUAGGAAUACAACAAGUCUAAUGAAAUUCAUAUAGAGCUAUAAAAUGUUAGGUUUAAUGGAGUAUAAUGAGGAGCAAGUAAAGACGUUAUUAGAAAAUGAAUGCGAUAAGACAUUGUGAAGUGGUAUGUAAAGAUCCGACUAUGGAUAACAAGUUAACGUAUAAGAUGCCCCAUAAAUCUGUGCAGAGCCCACGUGGUCGCAUUUCAACAAUAGGCUGGAGUAUAUUUAGAGGCAGAAGCAUGAUCUGUCAAGGUGUUCACUAUUAUCUUUUUCAAGAUAAAGAUCUAAGCCCUCAUAAAAAUCAGAAAUAUCUCGAGCCGUCAAAUUGCAUAUUGCUGUUCCUGCAGAAUAGGACGACUCACCUUAGUGACCGCCACCAUAUCUACUGAUCAGCUAGCACCAUCCUCCCUCCUUUUCUGAUGUUAGGCUCUGAGACUUUGAUUAUUAUGGCUACCGCAAAUAUAUUGCUUGGUACCAGACAUGUUCGUACCUCAUAUUCCAUCUCCCUAGCUUUCUUAAUGAAUGCUUCCAAUAGGUCUCCACGUACAUCUUCAUGUAUGCAUGCAUCCUAAUGAACAGAUUACUUUAUAAGAAGUUAAAACCCUAAAGAGUAAAAAGAAUAGGUCUUGUGAAUAUUGGAGCAAGAUUCAGCAGAACACUAUAGUUAGGGUUCAAUGUAGGUGGUAUGAACUGAAGGUAAGGUCGGUUGGCAGGACUAAGUGUACUAAAUUAUCAUGACAGUCUUAUAUAUAAUAAACAUCUGACAUUUGCAAAGUAACCUGCCUACCCAUAUUAUAAAAAGAUAUUAACACAGAACCAACAGAAUUUUAGCACUUGGUUAACAAUACUGCAGUGUGUGUAUACUGAAGAAUUGUAGUUAGUCUACAGGGAGCCGUAAAGUAAACCGAUCUAUAUAUGAUAAGAGUAUAAUUAAUAUUAUAAUUCGUACUAUCAAAGAAUACACUGGGCUCAGUAAUUGAGUGUUAUAAGGGAAACAAGCGUAGUGAAGCAAGAGAACAUUUGCUGCAUAAAUAUUUUAUCUCACGAAUCAUGGAGAAAGUUGUAAAAGAUCAAUUGUCAGACUACCUAAUUAGGGAGGAUCUUGUUACAAGGUCUCAACACGGAUUUCUCAAAAAUAGAUCCUGCGUUACUUGCCACUUCGACUUUUUCAACUGCAUCACUAGUAAUCGCGAAGCACGUAAGCUAGUCGUUGUUCUAUACUUCGAUAUAUCUAGGGCAUUUGACAUGGUAUCUCACAGUAUUCUCUUUGAGAAGCUGUACUCUUGUGGAAUUCGCAGUCCAUUACUGAACUGGUUAAAAUCAUUUCUAAGCAACAGGGUACAAAUAACCAAAGUUGGAUCUGUAUUGUCUCAUCCUAGGCAGAUCUCAAGUGGGGUCGUGCAAGGUAGUGUCCUAGGUCCACUUUUAUUCACAGUUUACAUUAACAGCAUUUGCAAGUGCUUCACCUCAGGUAAACCAUUCCUAUAUGCUGACGACCUCAAAGUCGUCUACUCCUGCUACACUCAUGAAUUAAGCGAUAUGGUUACUAAAAUACAUCUUGAACUAAGUAGCCUUGCAACGUGGUGUGCUGAAUCCUGUCUAAAUUUUAACAUUGACAAAUGCGGCUGGAUUUGUAUCGGCAACAGUAAGCUUGAUCUAAACCUUGAAAUAAAUGGGCGAAAACUAGCUAAGCUCAAUUCAGUCGUAGACCUCGGUGUUAGAUACUCUAGUAACCUAACGUUCGCUGAACAGACUGAUUAUGCCAGACGUAAAACGCGAAGGCUGAUAGGAUGCAUAACGCGCAAUUUCUUUUGUUGUGAAACUAGGGUUUUAUUAUACAAAGUAUGUGUCCGACCUAUCUUAGAAUACUGCACGUUUAUUCUUAGCGGACUAAGACAAAAUGACAAGCUUAAAUUAGAGGGAGUGCAACGGCAGUUUACUUCAAGAACUCUUGGUUUAGAAAGUGGUCUGGAAUACCAUGAGCGAUGCGUAAGACUAAGAUUAGAACCCCUCUGGAAAAGACGCCUUAAGCUUAACCUUAUCUUUUACUACAAGCUAAGUAAUCUUCUCUUGCAUUCCUCCGAGCCAGUAACUAAACCUACCGCUGUCAUCAGUUACAAUCUUAGAAAUCAUCACAACCUAGCUGCUAUGGAGCACUGUCAGACUUACGUGCGGUACAACUUCUUCUUAAAUAAGUUUUCAGUCAUUUGGAAUAGACUACCAGCUAAUGUGCGCGAUGCAAACACACUUCCAGUGUUCAUCUCCUCAGUCACCAGACUGCUCAAAGAUGACAAUGCACUUAUACGUCUGACUCUUACACCCUCUUUUUCACCCUACAUAGAUAUUUUAAGUUGUUUAAAC